AUGACGUCACGGGACAUUGACGCGUCGCCAUUUUCCAAGCCGAGCUCGAGGAGUGAGGGUCGGUUGAGUGCGGAGUCCGAGGAGGGGUAGCGUGCGCAGUGUGAUGGACUGGAGGGAGUUGUGAAACUGAUUCAGGACGAUUCCCGCAACGUUUUACUAUGGUGUGAUCAGUUUUUUGACAUCCACCCUCCGAGGUGGGCAUGGCAAACAGCGGAAUUGGAUGUGGUGUUCUACUGGCUUCGUCGACGAGCCCCUUUGUGCUGGAUUUUCCUGGUGUGCGUUGUGGGACUCGUGAGGUCCUGGUGCGAUUUUACCUUGAUAGGCACAUGCACAUGUACUCAGACUUUGAGUGAAGUGAGCUGCGUGUGAAGAUUUUGUGCCCAGGACUAGACCAUGCCCCUGUAUCGCACACGGUCUUUACUAGGAAACAUGAAUGGUACGACGUCCAACACCCCUGGUGCUAAUGAUGGAUACAUUCAGAACAUUGGGGACAAUAGCAAUGUGGUUCACUUGCCUCCCUUGAAAGGACAGAAUGGAGCAAAUCAGAAUGGUGAGGCAAUGCAGGUGCAGCAACUCAACAUGUUCUAUCAGGAUGCGGCACAAACAAAUGGUGAUGCGCAGGCUGGACAGAAUGGUCAAAGCAAUGACCAAGGCCAGACACUGCCUCAUGUGCGACCAGGCACAACAACAACAGAUGGGAACAGUCAAAGCACAAGUAGCCCAAUGAAGAAUGGGUCAGCUGCCAAGCCAAAAAAUGUUGUAGCUACACCAGAACAGAUUCUAAGGGUGUAUAAAACAAAGUUGACACCCUAUGAACAGCAAGAGAUAUACUCCUAUCCAGAAAUCUACUAUAUAGGAGCAAAUGCCAAGAAGAAACCAGGUAUCAUAGGAAGUAGCAACAACUGUGGUUAUGAUGAUGACCAAGGUUCAUACAUCCACAUCAUCCAUGACCAUGUCUCAUACAGGUAUGAGGUGCUGAAAGUGAUAGGAAAAGGAAGCUUUGGACAGGUUGUGAAGGCAUAUGACCACAAGCAUCACAUACAUGUUGCAUUGAAGAUGGUCAGAAAUGAGAAGAGAUUUCACAAGCAGGCACAGGAGGAGAUCAAGAUCCUGGAGCAUCUCAGAAAACAGGACAAGUACAAUACCUUCAACAUCAUUCACAUGUAUGAUAACUUCACCUUUCGGAACCAUAUAUGCAUCACAUUUGAGCUUUUAUCAAUCAACCUGUAUGAACUCAUCAAGAAGAACAAGUUCCAAGGUUUUAGUCUGCAGCUGGUGAGGAAGUUCGCACACUCACUGCUCCAAUGCCUGGAUGUGUUGUAUAGGAACAAAAUCAUCCACUGUGAUCUGAAGCCAGAAAAUGUCUUGCUGAAGCAGCAGGGCAGGAGUGGCAUCAAGGUGAUCGACUUCGGCAGCUCGUGCUACGAGCACCAGCGGGUGUACACGUACAUCCAGUCGCGCUUCUACCGGGCGCCGGAGGUGAUCCUGGGCGCCAAGUACGGCAUGCCGAUCGACAUCUGGUCGCUGGGCUGCAUCCUGGCCGAGCUGCUCACCGGCUACCCGCUGCUCCCCGGCGAGGACGAGUCCGACCAGCUGGCCUGCAUCAUCGAGCUGCUCGGCAUGCCGCCGCAGAAGCUGCUCGACUCGGCCAAGCGCACCAAGAACUUCUUCAGCAGCAAAGGCUACCCGCGCUACUCUCGCGUCACCACGCUGCCCGACGGAGAGGUGGUGCUGGGCGGCGGCCGGUCGCGGCGCGGCAAGACGCGAGGCCCGCCCGGGUCCAACAGCUUCGCCAAGGCGCUCAAGAACUGCAACGACUCGCUGUUCAUUGACUUUCUGCGCCGGUGUCUGGAGUGGGACCCGAGCACGCGCAUCACGCCCGGCAACGCGCUGCGCCACCCGUGGCUGCGGCGCCGGCUGCCGCGGCCGCCGGCCGACGACUCUGUGUCGUCCAGUCCGGUGUCGAGCAGUGGUCUGCGCGCCUCCGGCUCCGGCCGGCUCAACACGGGCAGCAGCAGCAAGCUGAACACCCUGGGCAGCGCCGGCUCCAGCGGCGGCAAGAUGCGCGUCUCGGUGGCCGACGACGGCGCCAGCACCAUGCAGACCCGGCUGCACACCAAGCUGCCCAGCGUGCCCGUGGAGCGGAUGGUGCCGUGACGGCCGCCACCGCCCACUGUCGGCGUUUGAUCUCUGCCGGGCCGCGCUAGCGCCCCGACCCGUCUCGAUGUUACCAGGCGGCGCGGCGCCGCGCGCCGGGCGCUGCAGCUGCCCGUGCCGGGCCCAGGGACGCUGGCCGCGCCCCGCCCACCCGGCGCCGGAGCCAACACCACGUGAUAUUGCGUCCGCUUCUGUCACAGUAUUAGUGAUGUGAACGAAUCCGGCUCAAUUUCCGUUCAAACCAGUGACCCGGCGCGGCGCGCGCGCCAUCCGAACUGAGAGAGAGGGAGGAGGGAGAGCGGGCCGGAUAGAUGUUGCGCUGCCUGCGUGGCAAGUCUUUCUGCGGGGCAGCUGCGGCGCCCGCGGGCGGCGCCACGGAGCCGGGCGGGUCGCGUCGGACGGACUCAGAGCCCAUACUUAAGCGCGGCGAAGCUCGAUUCCCUGCGAGUGUGAUCGCUCGCGCGCGCGCGCGUGGCCGUGCCGAGCGUGUGUCUGUCGGGCUGCGGCUGGCCCGCUGUUGUCGGCACCGCGCCCACCGGCGGACGCACACUGCCCAAAUUGUUCCACUCCACGCCGCCGCCUUGUUCUGUUAUUUUAUGCGUGUUCGGCCGCCGAUGACCACCAACGGUCCCCUCUCUUUUAUUUAGGAACGAUCUUGCGAAAUGGAUUCGUACCUAUUUAUAACGGCUCUAAUUUGUCCUUUUGGACGAGUUUUACCUGGGAAUCUUUGAAUUGUGACGAUUUAUACUUUGAUACCAUAGGUAGAUUCUAGCACCAUGCGCUAGCGCAUCGCUGAUAUUAUGAACGUGUCUCACCAUUUGUUGGCAUUUUUAUGAAAAAAUCAAAGAAAAAUGUGGCUCUGUGUAUGAGCUGGUGAGGCUAAAUUUGUAAGUGGUAAAAGACAUGUGGAAAUUGGCCUGUGGUAUGUGCACGCCGUCGCGGCCACUCGUGUUGCUCCCAUCCUUGCCCUGUGUACAGAAUCUUCGUCUCAGACGGUAGCACUUGCUGCGCGCUCUAGUGGCAAAUCUAGGCAACUUGUGCCUGCCGUUCUUUGUGAUAGAUGCCGUUGCCUGCGGUGCGGUUUUCUACGGUGAAGUCUGAUUGUGAGCGCGCCCAUAUAUGAAAAUAUACAAGUCAGAGAGUGUACGAACA